AAAAUAGCUUCUCUCGCUAAAUAGCUGUUUAGGGCUUUACAAUAUCAACUGCUGCGCAGAUUAUUUAUCAAUGCUGACACAAACUGAAUAAAAAACAAAAUGUGAUUGGAGGUUCAUUUAUUAAGAGGAGAUAGCUGCCUUACGUCAAUACCGACGUUUUCACCGAAACUAAGAUGGAUCGAGAACUCACGAGUCUGUUGGUUUUGUUGAUUUUGAACACUUUUAUCAAUGAUGCCGUAUCAGUUUCACAAUGUGAUCCCGCUGCAAAUGGAUUAUUUUCGUUUGGCCCAAAGUGUGAGUAUUUAUGUCACUGUCAAGGAAAGCAGAAGUGUAAUGAUGUCACUGGCGCGUGCCACAACGGUUGUGAUGAACAUUGGUUUGGGCCUGCCUGUCAGUAUUAUGAUGUUGCAUUUAACGUAUUGUCCAGACAAUUAGACAACCUACCAGAACCCCGUUAUUCUUUUAAGGCUAAUGAAGGCAACCCAAAUACAUGCAGUUAUACAAACUUCGAAUCCGCUGCAAACGAAAGACAAAUUCCACCAUACUGGAUUAUAUUCUUUAAAAAAGAUGUCUAUCUGUCUAAAAUUGAGCUACAAUCAUUCCCAUCAGCUAUUUAUCAGGGAUAUUACGACAGGUUUAAGAUUUACAUUGAAAACUAUCCAAGCAAUAAAACGUCUACAUCAACCAGAAACUACAUUCCUCCUGCCAAGGACCGGUUGUUGUGUUACCAGCAUGAUGGGUUGAACACGCCCAGUGCAAACAUGGCUAUCAAUUGUGGGCGGUCACUCCCUGGAAAUUCGGCUAGAAUUGAAUUGAGGAAUAGAAGUACACAGCUGGUGCUGUGUGAUUUUAGGAUUAACGUUGGAAGAAAUGUUGCGUUUGAUAAGCCAGCAUCCUAUAGUUUUGGCAAUGGACACAACUCUAAACCCGGUUUAGCGGUAGAUGGUAUAAAGCAUCUAACGUGCGUCUAUGUUUUUGCAAGUGACCCAUGGUGGGAAGUUGACCUUGGUACCAUAUUGCAAGUUAACAGGAUUGUGAUCAGCGAAAAUAACAGAAAGUUUUUAUUAGGAUACGUUGUUGAAACUGCUCAAGUUCCAGGCGGUAAUAGAACUACAUUAUUCGCUGAUGACUUGGGGCGGGCAUCUACAGAAAUAUAUACAUAUAUCGAAGCAAGAUUUGUCAGAAUUACUAGGCCUGGCGAGAACAAAACACUUGCAUUAUGUGAGGUUGAAGUGUUUGCAGAAUGUCGUAACUUACGUUGGGGAGAUUUAUGCGAAAACAAGUGUGGCCACUGUCUAGAUGACUACUGUUACGAUUGGAAUGGAUAUUGCAAAAAUGGUUGCGAGAGCGGUUACAAAACAACAGAUAAGUGCUUGGAUGAGUGUGAAGAUGGUCGAUUUGGUAAUGGGUGUUUCGGUAAUUGUGGUCAUUGUCUGGACGGGUUGGCAUGCAACAAGACGACUGGAUUCUGUGAUCAAGGGUGUGCUCCGGGGUGGACUGCACUACCAACGUGCAAACACGAGUGUGAAGAUGGCCGAUUUGGGAAGGGGUGUUUCGGUACUUGUGGCCAUUGUCUGGACGGGUUGGCAUGCAACAAGACGACUGGAUUUUGUGAUCAAGGUUGUGCACCUGGAUGGACUGCGCUGCCAACGUGCAAACACGAAUGUCAAGGUGACACGUACGGCCUCAUGUGCCAUAGCAGCUGCAGCCACAAUUGUAAAGCGGGAUGUAACAAAGUUGAUGGUGCAUGCAAUGGGUGUGCGGAUGGCUUGAAGGGAAAAUUUUGCGAGUGUGAAGAUGGUCGAUUUGGGAAGGGGUGUUUCGGUACUUGUGGCCAUUGUCUGGACGGGUUGGCAUGCAACAAGACGACUGGAUUUUGUGAUCAAGGUUGUGCACCUGGAUGGACUGCGCUGCCAACGUGCAAACACGAAUGUCAAGGUGACACGUACGGCCUCAUGUGCCAUAGCAGCUGCAGCCACAAUUGUAAAGCGGGAUGUAACAAAGUUAAUGGUGCAUGCAAUGGGUGUGCGGAUGGCUUGAAGGGAAAUUUUUGCGAUGUAAAGGAGGAGCAGGGUUUUAACGCCUUUGAGUUUGCCGGGGUGGCUGGAGGGUCGAUGGGAGGUUGUCUUCUUCUUCUCGGACUGGUGUUUGCUAGCGUUCUUGUAUAUAGAAGAUACAAGUCGACACCGAAGAAAAGAGACCUUAAUUACGCUAUUCCAGACAUCAACUUAGUUGAUACUGGGAGAGCAUACAGAGAUCUCUACGAAAUACCGGUUAAAAAAAGUAAUGAAGAUCUUUACUAUCAGACUCUCCAGAUUUGACACGUGUCGAGAAAUGUUUUCUGUGUGAUGAUGUAUUGAAAAUGUUACUUAAUUUCAAUGAAACUUUGACUUGUGUUUGUGCUUAAGUGACAAUUAUACUUAUUUGUGCCUUCAUUGGCAUUUAUACUUAAGUGUGUCGUUCAGUGAUACGUAUACUAAUGUGUGUGCUUAAAUGACACGUAAACUUAUGUGUGUGGUUCAUUGACACGUAACCUUAUAUGUGUAUGCUUUAGUGAAACCUAUACUUAUUUGUGUGCUUCAGUGACACGUUUACUUAAGAGUGCUUAAGUUACGUAAGUUAAGUAUACUUUAUUGCUUGAGUGACAUAUUAAUUCUUUUUUUGCUUUAGUAACAGUAUACAUAUGUUUGUCCUUUCGUGACACGUAUACUUAUGUGCGUGCUUCAGUGACACGUAUAAUUAGUUGUGUGCUUAAGUUACACGUUUACUUAUGUUUGUGAUUGAAUGACACAUUUACCUUUUUGUGUGCUUUAGUGACGCGUAUACUUACGUGCGUGCUUCACUGAUACGUAUACUUAGUUGUGUGCUUGAGUUACACGUAUACUUAUGUUUGUGCUACAGUGACACGUAUACUUAUUAUUGUGCUUCAUUGACACUUUUUUACGUAAUUCUUUCAUAAGCGUUGUGUAUUGCAUACAUCAACAACAAGGAUUAAUAUUUCUAUGUUAGUUUUAACUAUACUUGAUAGCUUCUUUUUAGUCCAUUGCUGCAUUACUUGUUUAAUUGAUGAACUCUCUUGUAUUUUGUUUAAUACGUGAUGGUAAGAAGCUAUUCAUAUCUUAUAUACAUCUGCAUGUUGUAAUAAACAAAUAUUGACUUGA